CCCGUUGUGGUAAAAAAACACACGUGUUCUAUUGAGUUGACCUGGCGGUGUGUUUCGAAGCCAGUGGAGCAGAACGUGAACUAGCCGCUAGGAUGAGCGAGUGAGUGAGUGAGCGAGCGGGUGAGCGCUGGCUGGCUGUUUGUUGUGAGGUGCAGCAGAAGCCUUGUGGAGCUGGAGCGGAGAGCACGGAUUAGAACAGUCUGCUGCAACACCCACACUCACACACAACUGUUCCUGUGUUAGCAGACGGCUUUUCUCUACUGAAGCUACAAGCAGACGUGAAGACCUGCUAGUAGAAGUGAUAUAUCUACUAGCAGAAGUGAAAAUCAACUAGCAGAAGUGAAAAUCAACUAGCAGAAGUGAAAAUCUACUAGUAGAAGUAAAAAUCUACUAGCAGAAGUGAUAUAUCUACUUGCUGAAGUUACUAUCUAUUAGCAGAAGUUGAUAUCUGCUAGCAGACGUGAAUAUGUUCUAGCAGAAGUUGGUAUGUGCUAGCAGACAUGAAACUCUUUCUAGCAGAAGUCAAUCUACUAGCAGACGUCAAUAUCUUCUAGCAGACAUGAAUACCUUCUAGCAGACGUGAAUACCUAUUUAGCAGAAGUAAAUAUUGACUAGUGGAUGGAAAUCUUUGUUGACAGAUUUCAGGAACAGAGCCGGUAAUAGUGAAACUUUGUUGUGAAAGAGAAGAUGAAACAUUAUCAUUCAUGAAGUAAUGGAUAUGAUCAUCUGUAGCAGAAGGCGAUAUUGGUAGCAGUCGUUUUUGUGUUUGGAAUAGAUUUGUGGAGUCUUUUAUAUACGUGAGUGUUUAAUAUAAUCUUAUGUCAUCUGAUUUUACACGUAGAUGACUUCAUCACUUUAUGACUUCAUAGUUGUCAAUCGUCUACAAUUUUAAAAAGUUUGGGUUCAAGAUAUCACAAACUACAGUAUCCGUGUUGAAAAGCAGAUGUAAAUAUUAUUAGCAGACGUGAGUGUGAGACAGGAAUAGUUGAGUUUCCCUCUGUGUGUAUCUAUCGGUCUAUCUAUCUAUCUUUGUGUACGGGAUCCUUCACGAGUAACCUGACUUUUUAACACCAAACACGGGGGAAAGUGAUCGUCUUUAUGCACGCUGGUGCUGUGAGAAGUGGCCAUGUUUAUUGCUCUCUUAUUGUAUGAUCUCGUGUUUAAAAAACAAAGACGAGAUUGCAUCUGUUUUCAUUUCAUGAGCCACGCCACGACUGUGAUCCUAGUACUAAUAUGCACCUAUCUCUGUAGCUGAAACCUACACUACCAACUGUGUUUUCAUCGCUCAAGGUUUUUAUGGGAAACCACCAGUCUAUGAAAUUUACCAACAUUCAUUGACACCUACUUGUAAAACGUUAGAUACAGAAAGCCGAAAGAAAAAAUAUAUAUCCCACGUAACGUCUGAAGCGGCUGUUAUUGUGGAACGGUUAGCGCGAGUCAUAUCUUGUGAUAUUGAUUGGAUGUUAGCUCUACGGUUGUUGUUACAAGAAUUACUCAACAAAUCGGGUCGUUCAGUGAGUAACUGACCACAUCGUUUGUGUGUGUGAGGGUUAUGAUCAGAGGAACAACAACAACUACGACAAGCCACUUCAGAGGUCUAAGCUUGGAUACUAAUUACAUGGUGUGCCUACGGGAAUUUUAUCACUUGACUGCAUCAACGCUGGACCGGUCAGAAAUCUUGCGUUGACCCUCUUGUCCAUCUCAUCGUCCUCGGGAUUUUGUGUUCAGCUGUUUGUGACGAGUUCCGAUUGUAUGAUGUGCAAUGUUCAAUGUUUGUAGCCGACUAACACAAACAUGGGAUUCACCCGACCGUAUGGCAGUAGGAAAGGGGAGACAAUCUACCUGAUAUACUUCACGUGGUUAUCAUUAGCUUGGGCAGAUAUGAUGCCUUCGUUUAUUGAGGAGCCUGAAUCUUCUGUGAUUUCCCAGCAUGCACCACUAACACUUCACUGUGAAGUUGCGCCAAGCAGUGCGUCUGUUCGGUGGUUGUUCAAUGACAACCGGUUGGAUCCACGCAACCACAAGGGUAUUAAUAUACGAGGGACUAACCUCCAUUUUCAAAGUGUUCAGGAUACGAAGGCAGGAAUUUACCAGUGUAUUGCGACAACGUCCGCAGGGUCCAUUGUUAGCAGACCAGCAGUAUUGCAGAAACCAGUAUUGAACAAAUUUCAAGAUACAGUGGACAUAAGAAUUAAUGCCACAACUGGUGGCAUGGUUGUGUUGCCAUGCCAACCACCAGAGAGUCGUCCACAAGCCUAUGUUGUGUUUCAAACGGUUGCAGGACAACCUGUGAAUGCCAGUAGUAGAGAUAAUUAUCAUAAGUUACCCUCAGGAAAUAUUUUGAUUGAAAAUGUUCAGCCAACAGAUGCCAGAUCCUACCGGUGUCUGGCAGUGAACCCGUACACUGGACAGAAGCAGACAGCCAAUCAUGUUAUCUCUUUGUCCAUUUCUGACCAAUCACCAGAUUCCAAACAAGAAACGGUGAUUGUUGACACGACGGCGACGUCAGUCCACCAGACGAAGGGUCAGGACAUUCUACUGGAGUGCCCGACGUCCAGCUACCCCGUGCCAGCAGUGGGCUGGACCAAGUACGGGGGACAACUCAGUCUGACGAGGAUGAGACAGGAGCAAGGUAAUCUUCGAAUCAGGAAUGUUCAGAUAGAGGAUGCUGGGACAUAUCUGUGUCACGGGACUGACACAACAGUGAAGAAACCCGUAUCACUUCAGGUCACAGAACCCCCAGCUGUGCACCCACUGAAGACGGUGGUUGUCAAGGCAGCAGGUGAUGAGCUUGAGCUGGGCUGUAAAGUUCAAGGUCGACCUGACCCGCACAUAACCUGGUUCUUCAAUGCUAAGAAGGUCCAGACUGGAGGUAACACAUUUUCUCUGGAGAAGGUUGUACCAUCGCAUGCAGGACUGUACCAGUGCCUAGCAACCAAUGAUGCUGGAGUUGCCCAUGCCACCAUAAGUGUGGAGGUCACAGGUCAAGGUCUUGACCCCUCUGGUAAAUCAGACGACAUUGUGACGGGUGUCACCGAGAGUGACAUGGCAGCGUCCAACAACGAGACGACCGAAGACAUCGUCAUCCCCAUUCGGAAACCGAAGAGAAAGAGAAAACCGAAGACGCACAGCGGACGAAGGAAGAACAAGGCAAGACGUAAAGACAAGAAAAAGAAAAAACAUCGCAAACAAGCAAGACGGAAACUCGAUGAGAAAGUGAAACUAGUACCUCCGUCCAAACCGAUGGUCACUCAGCUGUCUGAGACGUCCAUCAUGCUGAACUGGACGGUGCCGCAGAACGACGGACUGGCCAUCACGUUUUUCCGCGUCCAGUACAAGGAGAUCUCGCCCACCAAGAGUCAGUGGCGGACGGAGGACGUGGAGAUCGCGAGGUACACGCGGCGAUACGAGGUAUCCCGGCUUAAACCUGGUGGCACGUACAAAUUCCGUAUAGCGGCCGUGUAUUCAAACAACGAUAACAAGGUGGGACACAACUCUGUACGCUUCACUCUCCAGGUGGCGCCACGCAAGGAACCCAGCCCACCGGUGGACAUACCAAAGAUUCUCGAGGCAAAACCGAUAGAGUAUCUUGACGAGUCUAUCGACAAAAAGGUUUACGCCAUUGGAGUGAAGUGGCGGUAUCUUCCCGUCGAUUCCUCGCCUAUCGAAGGCUUCUACAUCUACUACAAGCCGUUCCACUCCCAGGAGAAGGACAAACAGAUCCCAAUCCUGGGUGCGGGGAUCCGCCAGCACAUCCUCGACCGGCUGACCCCCGACACGGAAUACAGCAUCCGCAUGCAGUGCUUUAACUCAGCUGGCACCAGCGACUACAGCACCACAGUCGUCCAGCGAACCCCGGCGUCAGGAAACCCCAAGAUACCCAACUUCCCCGACCUCCCAACCCUCCAGCCCGAGAACGUCCCCAAAGGAAAGACGCGGCAGCCUGAGUCAAAGAGCGACGGCCCGGCACGUACCCCGGAUGAUGACGACAAUGAGCCGAUCGAAGGGAAGACGGACACACAGCUGAGCAGUGAGACGCUGUAUCUCGCUCUAGGGAUCGUCCUCGCAUUCCUCUUCGUUAUUCUCAUUGUCUUCAUGAUCAUGUGUUGGUGGAGGCAGAGGAAACAGCGGGCGUUGCUUGCCAUGUCGGGCGUGGUGCACACGACCAAGUUCCAGGACCAGGCCCAGCGGAUCUACUCGGAGAGCAUGAGGAAAAAGUACAUGAACGGCUACCCUCUCAACGGCCUCAACGGCCUGGUCGCCAACGGACACCUACCACACAAUCACCACAACAAGAUGAACAUCAACGUCAACCCCAUGUCAGACAUGGAAAACACAACUCCAGACCCAGGCAAACCAUACCCACAUCACGGCAUGGCUAACGGUGUUGUUCCGGGAUACAACCUAUACCAGAACACCAGUGAUAACAACUUCAACACGAUAAACACUUGUAACAGUGCCGCAGACUCCCCGGACAUUCGGGUGGGGGGGCUGCAGGGUCAGAACUGUGUGCCACAACAACAACAGGAACUGUCUGGCGGGGGGGACUACCACGUCCAGCAAGCCAGUGGUAACUUAGCAACAUUUCAUUCGUUUUCGCCACAAGGAUACUCGGGGAACGAGACCGACAUGGCGCCCGGUAGCGAACCGAACUGCAGGCGGUCUCCCAAGUACCACCUACCUGUGCGGUAUGCUCAAACGUGCAUGUCCGAGGAGCAGCUGUCGCCGGGCGUGGGGCACGACGGGUGUGGCGAUUGCCACGGUUACGGUGGCGGACAUCAUUCGAUGGACAAUUUGUCGCCGAGCAGUUGCGCGACGGCGAAUCAGGGAAAGCACAAGCGGCGACGGAAGCGUCCGCAGAGCCGGGAACACACGACCAAGGACCAGGCAACCAACACGGAUCUGAGCAGCAACGAAGGAACCAUCGAAUUUAGCACAUUCAGCAAGUCCCCUUCAAACGGUUCACGGACAUUCAUAAACAAUGGAACGCAAUGUUCCGACGUCUUACACACGAACGUUGACCUCUGACACGCGGCGUGAGGAACUUUGCGAUGAAGACGGGUGUUUAUUUAACUUGUUAAACGAGAAUUACAGGGCAGCGACUGAUCGUCAAAAUGUAAAUUAUUAUUAUUCAGCAAGAUGGUGCUAUCUUCAGACUGGGUGUUGUUGCUAUGGUGACCGGGUUUUUGUUUCACGUGUGUUCUCAAGACUGUGUUCGCAGUUCAGUAUGGAGUGGUAGUUGCUAUGGAGACCUGUUUGCAAUAUCCGUAAUGUAGGCGAUGGAAGGGCAGGAAGGGGGUGGAGGAAAGGGGCAAGGGUACACUGCUCCACUUCUCCCCAAUCUCUGAAAAUAUGUAACUGGUCCGUCGGUUACUAGCAUCUUCCGAUACCUGUGUGGAACAGGGAAAAACAUUUUCGUUCAUAGGGCAGAUGGUAAGUUUUCAGUCUGUGAGAGAAGGAACUUAAAAAAACAAAAAACAAAUUCUGGAUACAGGGAAGAACAUUUGAAUUGUAGGGCAGAUGUCGGUUUUUGUGAAUGGAACACUGACUAAUAUUCAUUAUGUCUCCGUCAGUUUAGAAGGAACUAAAGACCAGAAACGUCUGUUGGAUGUUUCUUGAGGACCACGACCAAAUGACAAUGAUGAUGAUGAUAAUACAUAUUUUCACAGUAUGAAAGAAAUGCUUAACAGUAUUGAAAUAUUUUACACCUGGUUGUGGUGCAACCGGGAGAAAAUAUAACAUAAACUGAUUUUAUGACUGAUUUUAAAAAGUCAAUUGUCUCCCCUGACAGGAUGUCAGGCUACUGAGCAGAUGUUUUGUUUCAAGUCUGUGAUACACUGAACUCAUUGCAGUUUUGAGUUUAUGACAUUCAAGUGACUGUGGAACACUGCAGUUUUGAGUUUGGAACACAGAACUGAGUGCAGUUUUGAGUUUAACAGAAGGAACAUACAGCAGUUUUGAGUUUGUGGCACACAGAACAUACAGUAGUUUUGAGUUUGUGGCACACAGACCAUACAGUAGUUUUGAGUUUGUGACAUUCAAGUGGAACACACUGCAGUUUUGAGCUUGUGACAUUCAAAUGGAACACGCUGCGGUUUUGAGUUUGUGACAUUCAAAUGGAACACGCCGCGGUUUUGAGUUUGUGACAUUCAAAUGGAACACGCCACGGUUUUGAGCUUGUGACAUUCAAAUGGAACACGCUGCAGUUUUGAGCUUGUGACAUUCAAAUGGAACACGCUGCAGUUUUGAGCUUGUGACAUUCAAAUGGAACAUGCCACAGUUUUGAGUUUGUGACAUUCAAAUGGAAUAUGACGUGGUUUUGAGUUUGUGACAUUCAAAUAGAACACACUGCAGUUUUGAGUUAUGACAUUCAAAUGGAACACGUCUCAUUUUUGAGUUUGUGACAUUUAAAUGGAACACACCACGGUUUUGAGUUUGUGACACAGAACAAAUGGCUGUGAGAUGAAGCAUAUUACGUGAAAAUGCAUAAUUUAUCAAACAGCUUGAUAUUAAUCAAAUGCAAUUUGUUUUACUUCAUUCAAAAUACCUCAGACUAUAGAAACAUAUAUACGCCAUAUUAACUGGUUAAUAUGUGGAACACUUUACAUGUAUUUCAUGUGUCAUUUCAUGCAUCAUCUCCAUAGCAACGGACUUUUCACCAGCACAUGGAAGUGACUGAAACCAAAAUGGGACACAAUGUGGUUGGAACUGUUUGAACAUUUUGUGAUGGCAUUUUGUAACGUAAAAUGCAUAUUGUAUUAUGUGGCAACGAAUAUUGCCAAUAUCAUUUUAUAUAAACAGUCCAGAAUAUUGUUGCCACAUCGACCGUGACUCUGUUUUAAACUAGUUCAUCUCUGUGAAUAUAUUUCGUACAUAUAAAUAUACAUACAUAUAUAUAUAUAUAUAUUAUUUUUGAAAUGUACCGUUUCAAAACACUUUUUGCUCAACUAAGGGUAACGUUAACCCUUACGAGGGUCAGAUCAAACGAGAAGUAGACACAGGGCACAGCACGUGCUCAUUCAGUAUUACAUAUUUCUGUCCGUUGUCUUUUUGUAGGAACUGCUGCGUCAGUUUUUUUGUACUGUACUGAUCGACGUUUAAAAGGCAACACCUCCUUUGUAUGGAUUACCCACCCGCCCUAGAAACCCCUAGCAGUUUGUUAAAUACUCUUUAAGGGCCUAGCUUAAACAGUUUGUUAAAUACUCUUUAAGGGCCCAGCGUAAACAGUUUGUUAAAUACUCUUUAAGGGCCUAGCUUAAACAGUUUGUUAAAUACUCUUUAAGGGCCCAGCUUAAACAGUUUUUUUAAAUACUCUUUAAGGGCCUAGCUUAAACAGUUUGUUAAAUACUCUUUAAGAGUCUUAGCUUAAACAGUUUGUUAAAUACUCUUUAAGGGCCCAGCGUAAACAGUUUGUUAAAUACUCUUUAAGGGCCCAGCGUAAACAGUUUGUUAAAUACUUUUUAAGGGCCCAGCGUAAACAGUUUGUUAAAUACUCUUUAAGGGCCUAGCUUAAACAGUUUGUUAAAUACUCUUUAAGGGCCCAGCUUAAACAGUUUUUUAAAUACUCUUUUAAGGGCCUACUGUAAACAGUUUGUUAAAUACUCUUUAAGAGUCUUAGCUUAAACAGUUUGUUAAAUACUCUUUAAAGGCCUAGCAUAAACAGUUUGUUAAAUACUCUUUAAGGGCCUAGCAUAACAGUUUUUUAAAUACUCUUUAAGGGCCUAGCGUAAACAGUUUGUUAAAUACUCUUUAAGGAUCUAGCGUAAACAGUUUGUUAAAUACUCUUUAAGGGCCUAGCGUAAACAGUUUGUUAAAUACUCUUUAAGGGCCUAGCUUAAACAGUUUGUUAAAUACUCUUUAAGGGCCUAGCGUAAACAGUUUGUUAAAUACUCUUUAAGGAUCUAGCGUAAACAGUUUGUUAAAUACUCUUUAAGGGCCUAGCAUAAACAGUUUGUUAAAUACUCUUUAAGGAUCUAGCGUAAACAGUUUGUUAAAUACUCUUUAAGGGCCUAGCGUAAACAGUUUGUUAAAUACUCUUUAAGGGCCUAGCAUAAAAUAACUGGUUGGAAAAGUAAACAAAAAAGAAUCAGGAAAACUGUAAUAAUAUAGGGUCUACAUAGUGUGAAGAAAUUGGCAUUUUUAAACCUAAGAGGCCAUUUUUGUUACAUCCUUUCUUCACCCGCUCUCAGUCUUUAAACAUUAUGCAGCGACAUUUCCAAGUUACUGUAGUUAUUUGAAUUUUGGGUGACGGAAAUUUAUCCAGUAAAUUCAUAAGAAUUAAGACACCAUUUUGGCAAGUUUUGCCUUAAAAAAAUUUAGGAUAGCAAGCCCAUACCUACGCAUGAUGGGUAUGUUCACUUGCCCUCAACUCUCUAUAAUUAUUAAUAAAUAAUAUUAAUUGGGGUGGGGUUUUUUGGGGGGGGGGGGUUGGGUUUUUUUUUAAUUUAUCAUAUCUGGUCUAUGUUUUUUCGACUAUUGAAGAUAUAUGUUUUCAACAACAAAUAAAGCACGCCCUCUGUUUGAAAAUCAGGCAUAAGUGGAUGGGGGGGGGUAUUUUUGGAGGGUGGAAGGGGGUGAGGGAUUUUUUAUUUUUAUUAUUUAUUCUCCAAAGCACCUGUAAAUAUGGUCUGAAAAGGGUAUUGGGACAUUCCACUGUUUUAUGUACAGAUUUACCAAGUAGCCUCUUAACUAUUUUAAUUGUUUAAAUGUCAAAGGGGUGUAUUUGGGAGGGAGGGUGGGUGGAAGGAAGGAUGGGUGGGUGUUCCUACAUAAUAGGUGUUGCUGUAUUGUUGAUGUAUUAGUCUAUGUGUGGGGUAUCCGAGGGUUUCUGAUUGUCGUAUCUGUUUUAUGAGGGACUUUUGUUGCAAAUAGUUCUAAAACAGGUCAGGUCAUAGGGUUUAGCAUGCACAUUCAGAGCAAUAUGUUGUAUCAUCGCACGCCUGUCAUGGGCAGAGGUGUCAAUUUAUGAUGGCUCCUUCGUCCAGGACAGGAAAGGGGUUGGAGGGGGUGGGGCAAGAGACCGCCCUCGCUUGGCAAGUGCAAGAGAGCACAAGCAGCCCGACCAGGGUCAGUAGCAGGUGGGGGUGCGGUGGGAGUGUCUAUAUCACCAAUCAAUCUCUUUUACACAGCAGUCUCGUAGUCUGAUUAUUUAUACUGAGAGAAAAAAGUAAGGGAACACUCAGUAUUGUUGUCAGAAUUUAUUUCAUCAAAAGCACCGUAAUGUACAUGUAAAAUACCAACAUGUCGAUUGCAAUUGUAGAUUUCACAAUUUGAUAUGGACGACGGUUUUAGUUGCAGUGACGUGUCGCUGUUAAAUGUUUAUGUGAUCCCUUAUUUAUUUCAGUCAGUAUACAGGGCCAGCUCUGGAUGAACAAAACAUUUCACCAAAUUAUCUCAAAAAAUGCAAAAGCUAGUUAUUUUCCAACAAAACGCCAAUUAGUACUUGAAUUGUUUUUUGCCAAAUUAAAAUAAAAUUUGCCAAUUGUUCCUAAAAUUUGCAAUUGGCGAAUUUGGCGAGUGGCAGAGUUAGCCCUGGUGUACAUGUACUUUCUUAAAGGAAAACAAUAGGUAGAAAACAAAAUAUUCAUAAAAUGACUUUUUCAAAGCAUAUCAUGUUUCCUUUUGUCCUAUCCAGUUUAUAUGUGAAGAUAGGUCCAGAGCAUACUUAAUAUUGAAAACAAUAAAUCUCCGAUAACCAAACGGUCUCAAAGUACUGUCUAAAAUUUGCACAUUUAAAAAAAUCUGACACACUGAACAUUUUGUUUUAUCAUUUUCAAGUUGAUUUGUGACAUGAAACUUACAUUAGUGACUGGUAUAAGCAGCACAACAUGAAACUUGUGUUAAUGACUGGUAUAAGCAGCACAACAUGAAACUUAUGUUAGUGACUGGUAUAAGCAGCACAAUAUAAAACUUAUGUUAGUGACUGGUAUAAGCAGCACAAUAUAAAACUUGUUAGUGACUGGUAUAAGCACAACAUGAAACUUAUGUUAGUGACUGGUAUAAGCACAACAUAAAACUUAUGUUAGUGACUGGUAUAAGCAGCACAACAUGAAACUUACGUUAGUGACUGGUAUAAGCACAACAUGAAACUUAUGUUAGUGACUGGUAUAAGCACAACAUAAAACUUAUGUUAGUGACUGGUAUAAGCACCACGACAUGAAACUUACUUAAGUGACUGGUAUAAGCACCACAACAUGAAACUUACUUUAGUGACUGGUAUAAGCACCACAACAUGAAACUUACUUAAGUGACUGGUAUAAGCACCACAACAUGAAACUUACUUGGCUGGUAUAAGCACCACAACAUGAAACUUACUUAAGUGACUGGUAUAAGCACCACGACAUGAAACUUACUUUAGUGACUGGUAUAAGCACCACAACAUGAAACUUACUUAAGUGACUGGUAUAAGCACCACAACAUGAAACUUACUUUAGUGACUGGUAUAAGCACCACAACAUGAAACUUACUUUAGUGAUUGGUAUAAGCACCACAACAUGAAACUUAUUUAAGUGACUGGUAUAAGCAUCACAACAUGAAACUUAUUUAAGUGACUGGUAUAAGCACCACAACAUAAACCCAACAAUUCUAUUGGAAACCGACAGCUGUUUUUCAGACAGGCAUGCAAGGUUUCAUCUCGUAGCAUUUGUACGAGUCACUAACAUGUACGUUUCAUGUCUUGAAGGAACUAAACAUUAUUAAAAGUCUAUUGUGUCAGAUUUAGCAAUGCGUAUUUCAGACACUACUUAUUGCUGACCAUUUGGUUGAGGAUUUGAAAUGCUACAUAAACUUUAUAGCGGGUCCAUGUUUUGUUUUUAAUCCAGUCAUAUAACCAUUUGACACAUCUGACCUCAUAUCUCUAUGCAAGACAGAGUUCAGAGGAGUAAAUUAAAAGCAUGUUUUUCUCUUAUCCACAUCCAUGUUGAUGUGACAACAUGCUUUGAAAUUUAUCAUCUCUGAUUUUAACAAUUUUAAAUUUUUCAUGUUUUUACACUUAAAAGAAGCAGAAAUCCAUAUUAAAACAUACACUGAAGAUUUUGAAAUCCUGACAUUUGAAAUCUUUUUAAUACUUUGAUCCUAAAGACUUUGAAAUCCUAUUACCGAUAUUUGAUUUUUAAAAUGUUUAUAAAAUUUCAUUUCAACUUAUUUUCGUGCUUAUAUCCAAUUAAGGUUCAAGCACACUGUCCUGGGAACACACCUCAACUGUCUGGGCUGAAAAUAAUAUUUUACAAGAUACUUUUGGCAAGUUACUGUAUCUAGAGGUGUACUGUACGUGCAAUGACUGAUAUUUGUUUCUAUGGUGAUGUGAUUAUUGAACAGUGCCAUCUAGUGUGCAAGUCUCUUUGUACUCCAGGUCAUGUGACUGUCAUGUGAUAUUAACGAAGUUGUCUUCAUCGUGUUCGUCAUUAUGUAAAUAAUUCAAUGUACAAUAAAUGAAUCAUAAGUA